CAGAAAGAAGGAAGAAGAAGAAUAGAGAUGUCUCCUUUGGCUUGUACGCUCCUCUUGCUGUUAGCCGGAGCUGCUUUUGUAGCUGGACAAUAUAACGAAGGAGUCCAGUUUGAGCAAAACACUUGCACGACUUAUGGUGCUCUGAGACUCGUCUGGGGUAGGGGGAACUAUGAGGGCCAGGUACAGAUUUGCAUCAAUGGAACUUGGGGCUGGGUAUGUCAUAACUCGUACCGGGCUGAAGAUGCUCAAGUUGUAUGCAGGCAACUGGGCUUCAGUGCUACAGGUGCUACCUACAGGACAUACGGUUAUUAUGGCUGGCCUAACAGCAGCAUACCAAUAUGGCUGGAUGGUAUGGACUGUGUUGGAACAGAAACCACUCUUCUAUCAUGUCCUCUAUCAAGAGCAAUUGGAUCAGUUAGAUGCAGUUACAAUGCAAUAGCUGGAGUUGUGUGUCCAAGUGGUGGUCCUUCUUGUACCAAUAAUGACAUUCGUAUAGUUGAUAAAACUACAUGGACUCCAUUUAACAACAGGGGAAGAGUAGAAAUAUGCAGUUCAAAUUCAUGGCAGACUAUAUGUGAUAAUGGAUGGGGAUCAAGUGAUGCAAAGGUUGCUUGUUAUCAGCUUGGAUUCUCCAAAAACUAUGCUUAUGCUUACGCUAAUGCCAGGUAUGGUCAGGGUUACGGCUCAAUCCUCUGGCGGUAUGUAGCAUGCUCCUCAUCAGAGAGUACACUAUUCCAGUGUAGCAAAUUAAAUGGUGGUUAUGGUUGCACCCAUGCUGAUGAUGCUUCAAUCCAGUGCUCAGGUCGUGUUACUGGUAGCUGCACUAAUGGUGCGGUGAGGCUAUGGCGGUAUAAAGACAUUGGUCCAGCCCAUGAUGGAGUGGCCUUAUACUGCAAGAGCAACCAAUGGGUCCCAUUUUGUGAUGAUACCAACACCUUUUGUGAUACUGGUAGAGUCAUAUGCCAAAAACUUGGCUAUGUUGGAUUAUUAAAUACAAGACAGGAGUAUCACUAUGGCUAUUAUGAUGGGACUGUUGAUCAUUAUGCUUUUAGCUGCAGCUCCACAGCAACUGACCUCACUCAAUGUACAUACUAUUAUCACUCAAACUGCUAUCAUAGAGGUGACCAGUUUGGAACUGUCUGCUAUUCACCAAUAAUAGGUAAUGAGUGCACUGAUGGGUCAGUGAGGCUAGUCAAUGGUCCAGAUAAUUCUGAGGGUCGUGUUAACUAUUGCUAUGAAGGAUUCUGGUACCCAGUUUGCGGACUAAACUCAUACACUGCAACACUGAUGUGCAAGGCAAUGGGAUUCAAUGCAUCAUCUGCCAGUACUGUUGGUGAUUCCAGAUAUGGCAGCACUGGUAUCAUAUCCAGUUUAUAUGCAGUCAAUUGUAAUUCAUCUCACACAAACUUAUCACAGUGUCCAUUUGGGAGGAAAACAGCAAGCCUGACUAGCUGUAGGAUUAAUGUUGCCAAGUGUAGUACAGAAUGGGGACUACGCUGUCACAAUACUGUUGGUUGUACUAAUGGACAAACAAGACUGGUUAAUGGGCCAAUAGAUCAAGCUGGUACUCUAGAAAUAUGCCUCGAUAAUGUCUGGGGUAGUGCUUGUGGUACCUUUCCUGUACAGAGUGCUUAUGUAGCCUGCAAGGAAUUAGGAUACACAGGACCCAAUCCUACUAUAAAGGGUAAUUCAUUCUAUGGCGAGAGCUCAGGCCCAAUGUUGUACAAUAAUAUUAUAUGCCAUGGCUGGGAAGACAAUGUAGCUGAGUGUUCUUAUCAAACAUUUCCACAGUUGAGUUGCAGUCCUCAAUAUGCUAUUGGUUUAAUAUGCAAAGAUGACUGCAAUAAUGGUGAUGUUCGUCUCACUGGUGGAUUUUUUGAUAAUGAGGGAACAGUUGAAGUUUGUGGCAACAGACAGUGGAGCUAUGUAUCUGAUGCUAACUUCACUGCUAAUAAUGCUAGAGUGAUAUGCAGACAAUUAGGGUAUCCUAAUGGAGCCUUGGCUACUCCAUUGCUUGGCUCUCAUUUUGGUAAAGGACGGCGUGCAGUGAGAUACAUUAAUGCUAACUGUACUGGAACUGAAAAAAGAUUUCUCAAUUGUCCUAUAACAGUUUACUCCCAGACUCAAGCAGAAGCAGCUCUAGCAGUUAAUGAAGUGGCCAGUGUAGACUGUGUAUAUGAUGUACCUACUGACCCACCUUGCAUUGCUAGGCCUUCCCUCUAUGAUUCUGCUGGUUCAGAGUGCACAAGUGGAGCUGUAAGACUACAAGGUGGUAGCAGCAGUGGUGAGGGUAGAGUAGAGUAUUGUUACAAUGGGUACUGGUCACCAUUCUGUAAAAUGGACCCUAAGGCAGCAAUGGUGGCUUGCAGGCAGUUGGGAUUCACACAAUAUUCAUGGGGUAGUAUUGUUGAAGGUGGAGAGUUUGGUACAAGCAGGAACUACAGUAUUUUUGAUAAUAUAACUUGUGUUGGGUCAGAGUCUUCACUAUCUCAAUGUACUCCAGCUGAAAACACCGAGUGUACUCCUUUCUGUCGGUAUAAUCUUGGACUAAGGUGCUUCAAUCCUGGCUCCUGUACUAAUGGAGCACUGAGACUAGCUGAUGGUGUCAUUGAUAAUGAGGGAAGAGUAGAAGUGUGUGUUAAUGGAGUAUGGGGAUCUGUCUGUGAUCAAGGAUUUGAUGUAACUGAUGCUCAUGUUGUAUGCCAACAACUGGGCCACCCUGAACUAGAGCCUUUUGUUCUCAACAAUUCUACUUUUGGUCCUGGUCAGUAUCCUAUAGUCUACAGCAACUUUGCUUGUGGUGGAUAUGAGAAUUCACUUAGUGAUUGUACAAAGCAGACCUACCCUAACACAGCUUGCUCUCAGAGCAAUGUUGCUGGAGUCCUGUGUGGCUAUGACUGUACUGAUGGUGAUGUAAGACUGGUAGGUAGUCAGUAUGGAUAUGAAGGAACUGUUGAAGUCUGCUUUGAUCGUUUGUGGGGUCUUGUAGCUGAUUCUGGCUGGACUCAAACUGAUGCUGAAGUAACUUGCAGGCAACUAGGCUAUACUACACAAGGUACUAUUGUUCAAAGAGGAUCUCUGUAUGGUAAACCAGCAAAGACCAUUCAUAUUACCAGUCUGGGCUGCUCUGGAACUGAGAGCUCUGUUGCUGAUUGUACUGUUAGCACAAUAUCACUAGCUCAAGGGAAAGCACUGCUAGCCACUAGUGAUGUAGCUGGAGUCAAGUGCUAUACUCCUGAUCAGUGUGUCCCUCCUCCUGCUGGUGGUGGUAGCUCUUGUACUAAUGGAGAGUUGAGAUUGACUGGUGGAAAGCAGUCUGGCAUACCCGAGGGUAAUGUAGAGUAUUGCUAUCAAGGAACAUGGUCACCAUUCUGUUCACUGGGACCAGUAGAGGCCACCAUUAUAUGUAAACAGCUUGGAUAUACUGCUUCUACCUUGACUGCUAUUUUUGACGAUGGAAGAUUUGGUCAGAUAUCCAACACCAGCUAUUUCCAGAAUAUAAGUUGUCCAGAUCGUUUUGCUACUGACCUGAGCACUUGUGUUGUUGCUGAUGCUUGCAUUACUAGCUGUCCUAAUGCUCUUGGCUUGAGAUGCUACGAGCCAAGUUCCUGUAGUGAUGGUGAUGUACGACUGGUCAAUGGUUCCUAUAAAACUGAUGGUAGGCUUGAGGUAUGCAGUGAUGGUAACUGGGGCAGUGUCUGUUCAACUGGCUUUGAUCCAACUGAUGCUUAUGUUGUAUGCAAUGAACUAGGACUUGGAGAUGCAGAACCAACUGUGUACAAUACUUCUGCAAUGUAUGGAGAUGGAGAUGGUGCUAUCAUAUUCUCUGAUUUUGGUUGUGAAGGUUAUGAGACUAAUGUAUUUGACUGCAGCAGAUCCAGUUAUGGAUACUUUACUUGUUCACGUGAUAAUGUCGUUGGUGUUAAGUGCAAAGACUCUUGUAACAAUGCUGAUGUGCGUGUUGUUAAUGGAGACAGUCUAGCAACUACAGAAGGUAUCAUUGAGGUAUGUCAUCAAGAGACUUGGGGAAUGGUAUCUGAUGAAGGAUGGAGUACUGAAGAGGCUCAAGUUGCCUGUGCUCAGUUGGGCUACACUACAAGAGCUGCUGCUGCUUCUGGUUCUUCUUACACGAGACCUAAUGCUCCAUUCCAAUUGAGCUCUGUUGAUUGCAUGGGAAGCGAGACCGGACUAACUAACUGUUCAUUGACUUACAUUGUGGAUACUGCUAUUGCUGAUCCUAAUGCCCCCACUUAUAAUCCAGCAGCAGUUAAGUGUGUUCCUGAUGAAGUUACUAAUGAUCCAAAUGAUCCAUUGUCUGUUGUUUCUAAUAAUCCAGUGACGGUUUCAAUGGCUGUCAUUAUUGUUAUAAUGCUCAUAUCUGUAGUAAUAACAAUCAGUGUUGCCGUAUAUGUAUGUGUAAAACGUAAGAAAGGUGAUCUCUCAGUUAAGAUGAUGUAUGCUGAUGAACCAGCUCCUUUAACUAUGUCUGGUCUAGAGAGGGCCGGUGUCAAUAACCCACUUGCUGGUAUUUAUGAUGAAGUCACAAAUGCGGAGAAACCAGAGAAUCCUCUUUAUGGAGAUAAAGUGGCUCUAGUGAAUAACAUGUAACUGAAAGGACUUCGGCUGCUUAUUAAUACAAUGCACAAACUUGCACUGCACAUUUUAUAGCUGACACAUUAUUAAUACUAUUAUAAAUACCAUUAGACUAUCUAUAGCAUUUAUCCACUCAUCGUGUGCCUACAGCAUGAUGUUGCUAUAUUGUUCUUUGUUUUUUAUUAUUUAUUUUUAAGCUUAUUUAUAGUAGUGCAACCAACUCUAUUGCAUAA